AUGGAUGAAAUGCUCGAUCACUCUUCUAGUGCUCGAUCGCUGGAGCCGAUGGAAGCGCUACGUGAAGUAAAACAGGAGGAGCUCGACCGAGCGAUCGAACGGCGACCCAUGACUGAUCAUUGUUCUCAAUGUAAGAGUUGUCUCUACGCAGCAUUGCGAUCUAUCUCACUGGAUAUGCUAGUGAAUCCUGAGGCAGGGAAUUGCGGUAAACGCUGUAUACUCAACCCAGAAGCGAGGACCAUCAUCGCCAACGUGAGGCAGUUCUUCACGAAGCUGAAAGACCAUCUCGGACCCGACUCGGUGCGCGGAACCAUCUUCAGUUCAGUUAUUGCGGUGACUGCUACGGCGUGCGCUGUAAGCGACUCUACCGUUGAAGCGGCCUCGAAACGGGGCUCAGGGCCCAAACGAAAUUCAAGCGGUUGUGGGAAGAAGAAGAAGAAACUGGAGAUUGGACAAGACGUACUGAUCGCUGAUAGUAAUUCGGAAAAUGUAGAGCUUUCAACACAGCUGUGGGAGCCCGACAUGCCGCCUUGA